AUGCGAGAUUCUCAGCCAAUAUUGAGGAUCGCCUUUCAAGAUUUGCAGCGAGCAGACGACCGCAUAACAAGUCUCUUCCUUUUUAAAUUUUCAGCUUUACAUCCCGCCAAUCGACUCCAACGGCUCUCCAUGAUCUCUGUUGCCCGAAGCUCGCAUAAAAAGCUCAGAACCCAACUCUUACGCGCAAUCUCUUCCAACUGUACGAGCCAUAGAUUCCUUCUCAAAUCUCUGCACGCCUGCGCAUCCAAACCAGAGCCGUCCUUCGCCGCCAAAGCCAUCCGAUCGAUCUGUAGAGAGGGUGAUAUUUUUCAAGCCAGAAAACUGUUUGACGAAAUUCCUGAGAAGGAUGUUUUCUCUUUUUCAGCCAUGAUUUAUGGCUAUGCGAGCAAUGGAUUCUUCUCCGAAUCGCUUCUCCUGUUUUAUCAGAUGCAGAUGCAGGAGUUCAACAUCUCUCCCAACGCUCACGCCUUUGUUGCAGUUUUACUUGGCUCUGCAGGCCAAAGGAACUUCAAGUUCACCAAAUGUAUUCAUGGAAGAAUCAUCAAAACUGGUUUGGAAUCCAAUACGUUCGUGAGAACUUCUUUGCUGAAUUCAUACUCUAAAUGUGGAGUAGCUAUUGAUGCUUAUAAAUUAUUUAUUGAAAUAGAAAGUCCAAAGCUUGUUUCCUGGAAUGCUAUGAUUGCUGGAUUUGUCUUCAAUUGUGAAUUUGAACAGGUUUUCUGGUUAUUUGAACUGCUUCUAAAAGCCGGCAUCAUGCCUAAUUGCAUCACCAUGAUGAGUGUUACUCAAGGCAGCAUUGGUCAUGGCUCAUGGAGACUAUGUGAAAGCAUUCAUGGCUAUAUUGUUAAGGCUGGGUUUGAGUCUAAUAUCUCCUUGAUGAAUUCAGUCCUUGAUAUGUACUCGAGUUUUCGGAGUUUAGAUUCUACUAGAUGUUUCUUCAUGAAGAUGACUACCAAGGAUGUUAUUACUUGGACAAACAUGAUGAGUUUUAUGAUAGAGCUUUCAUGUCCUGCUGAAGCUUUUCAACUAUUUUCUCAGAUGAGAAGUACUGGAAUCAAAGCUGAUGUGGUUUCCAUGGUCAGUGUUAUCACUUCUUGUACACUUUUGGGAGAUCUAGCAAAAGGUAAGACCAUCCAUGGCCAAAUUAUGGCCUAUGGAUUUGGUUCAGAGCUUCCUGUAAUGAAUUCUCUGAUAACAUUGUAUUCCAGAUGUGGAGAUAUAUGGUCAGCUAAGAUCUUGUUUGAUGAUAUAGUUAAUAAGAGCUUAGUAUCAUGGACCGCAAUGAUGUUUGGGUAUUUAUGCAAUAGGCAGCCUAGAGAAGGGCUUCAUUUGUUGAUUAGAAUGAGAAGAAAAGAAGCUUUUCAUCUUGAUUCAGUAACAUUGAUUUGUUCUUUAGCAUCUAGUAGUGAGAUGGCUAGUCUUGCGUUUUGUAAGGAACUUCAUGUUUAUAGCUUGAAAUCAGGUUUAAUACUAUAUGUUAAUGUGCAGAAUAGCUUGAUGAUUGCAUAUGGGAGGUGCGGUUAUGCUGAUAUUGGUUUUAGAGUAUUUAAAGAGAUGAUUCGUAGGGAUAUUGUAUCAUGGAAUGCAAUGAUAUAUUCAUAUGGGAUUAAUGGAGAAGGACAAGAAGCAGUUGCUCUAUUUCAGGAGAUGGAGAGCUGCGGCGAACCGCCGGACAGUAUCACAUUUGUAAAUGUUUUGAAUGCUUGUAGCCACUCUGGGAUGGUGGAUGAGGGAUUGAUGGUUUUUGAAAAGAUGUUGAAGGAGAAGAGAAUCAGACCAAGAGAAGAGCAUUGUGGGUGCAUUGUGAACAUGCUUGCUCGCGCCAAUCGAUUGGAGGAUGCAAAGAAAUUGGCAGAUUCGAUGCCAGAAGAGGUUAAUUCAAGUGUUUGGAAGGCUUUGCUUGGCGGGUGUCGGAUUAAUACGGAUUACAGGUUUGCAGAAGUUGCUGCAGAAAGGGUGUUUGAGAUCGCUUCCGAUGAUGCCAGCCAUUUUGUUUUGCUUUCAAAUGUUUAUGCCUCAGUGGGGAGAUUUGAUCAUGUUGAAAGUUUGAGAAAUGAAAUUCGAAAGAAGGGUUUGGUUAAAAAUAUUGGAUUUAGCAUGGUUGAUAAUGUGCCUCAUGGAAAUGUUGAAGGUGGAACUGCUUGA